CCGAUAUUCCAACUGCUCACAGUCUCUGAUCUCUGACCUCCCAUGGCUAAUGCAGCUGCAACCCGGCUCAGCGGGCCGGUCCUACCAAUUCCCAACUAUGGAUCCGCCUCCCCCAAUCGCGUCAACCUCCCCGCCGUCCGCUCGCCCGCCAACUCUGUCAGCGUCUCGUCACCGCCUGCGUCUGCCGCCGCCGUCAAGAGCCGUCGCUCAUGCAUGUGUUCACCCACGAAUCAUCCGGGAUCCUUCCGCUGCAGCCGCCACAAGGAGCGCACGCAGGAGGCCCCGGCCGGCCACAUCCACAGCAAGAAGCCCGCCUCCCCGCCUUCUCCGCCGCCUUCCGCCGUCGUCUCGACCGGCUCCGGCGCGGGUAGCCGUUUGUUGGUCCGCAGGGCGCUCUCACCGCCCCAGAAGUCGCUGCACCAGAGACGCGCCGCCGGUGGGUUUCACCCCCGCCCCCAGCCCAGCCGUCUCUCCAGCGUCUCCUUUUCCGGCGACAGCCGCCAGUGAACCAACCAACAGCGUCGACAUGCCAUAGCCGCGAGUUACUCGUACAUAGUACAUACUGUGCAUAGGAAAGAAAACCCGGGAGAAAUUCCCCUAAUAAUUCACCGCUGUAAAUAAUAGAAGCCGGUGGGAUCAGGCUGGGAGACACUGCCCGUCCAGUGUACAUAGUACAUACUGCCAGUGUAUAUAGAGAUUGUAUAGUUCGUCGUCCUCUCCGAUGUGUAUAAGGCCCCUAUAUAUGGUUUUGGAUAUAUAUACAUGAGUGACUAAAUGGAGACAUACAUACAAACAUGCGUCUGGUUUGGC